CUCAGCCAAACGAACGGAGGAGCCAAACCAUGAAGGUUUCCUGCCCCUUCUCCUGUGUCCUCUUGCUGAGCUUUGGGGUCUGCUUCCCUCCGGAGCAUGGAAAAGAGCUAAGCUCUCCCGGAGGAAAGUCUGGAGUGACCCAAGAGCAGCCCAGCCUGUUCCAGGCUAGCGAAACGCCCAAGGAAUGGCGUUGCCUGCAAGACCUUUGCUCGCUCUUUCCCGCUGCCAAAAGGCCACCCAGCCUCGGGAAGGAGAAGGCAGCCCUCCGAUCCCAUUUCAGGAGGCAGCAAGGGGGGCAGGACCCUAAGAACGAGGCCAUCAACUACCUGCCAGAGGAGGAAGAGGAGGGGGAGAAGCGAGCGGGGUCCCUGGGCAGCCUGGCGGAAGAGCUGAACGGCUACAACAGGAAGAAGGGUGGCUUCAGCUUUCGGUUUGGAAGGAGGAAGAAAACAGAUGUUUGCUCCUGAAGACCUCUCUGGACCGAUGGGAGGAACUGAGGUCCUUGGUUUGAAUUGUAUUCUGGGCCACAUCCCCAGGAAAUCCAGUCGUCCCACCUUGAUUUCUUCCUCCACCUUCGGUGUUUCCAGCUGGCCUCUUCUCUCUGUCUUUCUUCUUUGAAUCCAUCCCCAUUCCCCAAAUGGCCCAGUCUCUCCAUCACUAAAAAGGGCCAAAUGUGUGCUGCUCUCUGGGCAGUUUACAAUUUCAUUAUGCAGGCUACCCCUAUAAUGCUUUCCCUCGGCAGAAAUCGCUUGAGCUGAGUGCCUCAUGACACAAAAUCAGUGGGUUCUAUACACACACACAC